CUGUGAUCUGAUCUCUGUGCCCAUUUGGACCAUCACCAUCGCCCCAACGACCACAGACCUAUCACAGAAGUACUCCACCUCCCUCAGUGAUACCUAGUAGAGACACCCGUAGUAAGCAUAGCUCCCCCCCUCCCUCACCCACUGCUUGUCGCCCGUCAUGGACCCGACCUUUGUGCAGAACCUUCACAACCUCCUGGCUCAGACCAGCGUGCCAGACACAAACGUGGUCAAGAACGCUACUGAGACACUUCAGAAGCAAUACUUCUCCAACACAGCAUGUGUGCCAGCUCUCUUUGAGAUUCUGGGAUCCUCGCAAGACCUGUCGGUAAGGCAACUGGCAGCCGUCGAGCUCAGAAAGCAAAUCACAAAAAAGAAGGGCGCAGCAUGGAAGAAGCAGACGCCGCAAAUCAGGGAGGGCAUCAAAUCCUCGAUUCUGGACGGCAUCCUCAAGGAGCAAUCCGUCCUCGUCCGCAAUGCCGUCUCGAGAGUAAUCUCUCAGAUCGCAGACAUCGAGCUGCCUCUCGGAUCGUGGCCGCAACUUCUGCCCUUCCUAUUCGAGUCUUCACAAUCUAGCAACCACAUCCAUAGGCAUAUUGCCAUCUUCUUGUUCCUCGCCAUCCUUGAUACCCUAGCCGACUCUUCCGAGAGCACCGUCUCCUUCGACCAAUACCUUCCUCAGAUCAUGGGCGUCUUUGAGAAGAGUCUACAAGACCCCGAGUCUCUCGAGGUGCGCAUCACUACCGUUCGUGCCCUAGGUCGUGUAGCAAUGAACCUCGAGUCCGACGCAGUCGGGGACCUGCAGGCUAUGCAAGGCGCUGUUCCCAAGAUCGUCGAGAUUCUGCACCAGUGUCUGCAGGAAGCUCACUCCGACGGCGUCAGACAGGUGUGCGACGUCCUGGAAGAGAUGUGUCUCCUCGAAGCACCUGUCUUCGGCAACCACCUUCCCAAUCUCAUCGAGUUCCUGCUCGUCAACAGUGGCAACACUGAGCACGAAGAGGGCGAGCGUAUCGUUCUGCUCAACUCGAUCAUCUGGAUUUGCUCCCACAAGCGCUCGAAGAUCCAGACUCUUAAUCUAGCCAAGCCUAUGAUCACUCGUCUGAUCUCCAUCGCCACCGAAGAGGAGCCAGAUGACAUCGACGAGGAUUCGCCUGCUCGUCUUGCACUCCGAGUCAUCGACGAGCUCGCUACCGAGCUCCCCCCUAGCCACGUCUUCCCUCCCAUCUUCGAGGAGAUGCAGAAAUACAUGUCCAAUAGCGACCCUGGUCACCGCAAGGCUGCCCUCAUGGCUUUCGGUGUCUCUGCAGAAGGCUGCUCGGAGUACAUCCGUCCCCACAUGAACGAGCUCUGGCCCUACAUCGAGUCUGGCCUUCGUGACCCUGAGGUGACGGUGCGAAAAGCCGCCUGCAUUUCGCUGGGCUGCCUCUGCGAGGUGCUUGACGAGGAAUGUGGCGCCCGCCACGCCACUCUCUUGCCCAUGAUCAUGGACCUUGUUGCCACUCCCGACACGCAACGGACGGCUUGCACUGCCCUUGACUCAUUGCUCGAGGUGAUGGGCGAUGACAUCGCACAGUACCUUGCUGCCAUCGUGGAGAGACUCGCUGCACUCCUUGAGACAGCGCCUCUGCCAGUCAAGACCACUAUCGUCGGUGCUAUCGGCUCGGCAGCUCACGCUUCCAAGGCCGGCUUCCUGCCUUACUUCCAGCAAACGAUGCAGCGCUUCCAGCCCUUCCUUGUUCUGCAGGAAGAAGGCGAUGAGCAGGAUCUGCGCGGUAUCACCACCGACACACUCGGUACCCUCGCCGAGGCCGUUGGCAAGGAGAAUUUCAGGCCUUACUUCCAGGAUGCCAUGAAGAUUGCCUUCCAGGCCAUGGAGAUCAAUUCACCAAGAUUGAGGGAAUGCAGCUUCAUCUUCUUUGCCGUCAUGGCCCGUGUCUUCGGCGAAGAAUUUGCACCUUACCUGUCGACUGUUGUACCGCUCCUGCUGGCCUCCUUUGAUCAAGCAGAGCACGACCCUGUGCCUGGCGCGUCUGGCAACGGCACCGUCGACGGUGUGGGCACACAGAGUGCCGACGACGACGAAGGCUUUGUCGACUACGACGAGAUGCAAGAUGCUUUCCUCAAUGUUAACAGCGCUAUUGCAGUCGAGAAGGAGGUCGCAGCCGACUCCCUGGGCGAGAUCUUCGCCCGCACCAAAGGUCACUUCACACCCUACAUUGAGAAGUCGGUGCACGAGCUUUCUGAGAUGCUGAACCACUUCUACCAAGGUAUCCGAAAGUCCGCUCUUUCUGCCCUCUUCACCUUCAUCAACACUUUCAACGAGCUGUCGAAUCCCCAAGAGUGGAAGGCUGGCGCUCAGCCGUCGGUGCCACUCCAUGCCGACGUCAAGGCACUGGUGGAGUCCGUCAUCCCCAACGUGCUCGAGCUAUGGGAGGAAGAAUAUGAACGUGUCGUCGCUAUCGAAGUGUGCCAGUCGCUGGCAGAAUGCCUCAACAAGAACGGACCUGCCAUCAUUGCUCCCGAGCACCUGGAGUUCGUCUGUCAACAGACUCUUCUCAUCCUCGAGGGCAAGAGCCCGGCUCAGAUCGACGCCGACGGCGAAGAAGGCGAGCAGCUCGAGGAAGGCUCAGAGUACGAGUCAGUCCUUAUCUCGGCUGCUUCGGAUCUCGUUGGCGCUCUGGCCACCGUGCUGGGCUCCGACUUCUCUGAACCCCUCAAGCAGUUCAUGCCCGUUCUAAUCAAGUACUACCUGCCAGGCCGAUCUUCUUCUGACCGUGCCACAGUCGUGGGUACUCUAGGCGAGAUCGUCGUGGGCAUGGGCAGCGAUGUGACGCCCUUCACCAACGACAUCCUCACCUUGCUUUCGCGGGCGCUUUCGGACGAGGACGGACCUGUGCGGUCAAACGCUUGCUUCGCAGCUGGUGUGCUAGUUGAAAACUCGAAGCAAGACCUCUCGCAACACUUCCCUGCCCUUCUGAAUGCGCUGAAGCCCAUGUUCGACCAAAGGCAAAGCGAGGUGGCCGAGGAGCAAACCGCCACGGACAAUGCUGUUGGAUGUGCCGCUAGACUGGUGUCCGCCAAGCCCGAGGCCAUGCCUCUGGACCAGGUGCUCCCCGCCAUCUUCAGCUGCCUGCCCUUGAAGAAGGACAUGGCAGAGUGGGCUCCGGUGCUGAGGGCCCUGAUGGGUCUGGUGCAGAGCAACAAUUCUGUCGCUGGCGAGCACAUCGACACUAUCCUGCAGCUCUUUGCUCAUGUGCUGGGCAAGCCAAGCGGUACUGAGGACGAGGACGUGCUAGGGGGACAGCUACGUGGACAGUGCGUUGGCUUCCUGAGUGCUCUCAACGCAAGCGUCCCGGAGAAGAUCCAGCAGCACGGUCUGUCCCAAUACCUGGUGUGAGGAGGAAUAGGUCAACGGAAGGAGGUCUUGUGUAAAAUUUUGACUUGAGAGUGAUGGCUCUCUUCUGUAUCACCUUUCUCGAUCUGCCUUUCUCUUUCACGAAUACACAUUGAUUUGAUUAUACG